AUGAAGGCAACGAUAUUGCCAAGAGCUCGAUAUGAAUGGAUUCACUUACGGUUACAAGAUUUUAAAAAUGUAAGUGAAUAUAAUUCUGUUGUAUUCAGGAUAACUUUUCAACUUAAAUUAUACGGGAAAAUUGUGAAUGAUAAGGAUUUACUGGAAAAGACUCUUUCUACUUUUCAUGCAUCAAAUAUGGUAUUGCAGCAACAAUACCGUGAAAAGGGUUUAAAGAAAUAUUCUAAAUUAAUCUCAUGCCUCCUGGUGGCUGAGCAACAUAAUACCCUUUUAAUAAAAAAUUAUGAAGCUCGUCCCACUGGAUCUGCACCAUUUUCCGAAGUGAAUAUGGUAGCAGCUACUCAAAAGUAUGAAAGAAGACAAAAUCAUUAUCGUGGUCGUGGCCGUGGCCAUAGUCGUGGACAUGGACAAGGACAUGGAAGGGGACGAAAUAAUUAUCAUCAUCAUGGCGGAAAUAAACAAGAAAACAAUAAGGAUCCUCAAAAUAAUCCUUUGAAAGGCAGAGUUAAUAUUUGCCACAAGUGUGGUAUGAAAGGUCAUUGGGUUCGUGUUUGUCGUACAGCUGACCAUUUUGUUAAACUUUAUCAAGCAUCCAAUAAAAGAAAAGAUAAUAAUGUGGAGGCACACUUGACUUUUCAAAUUGAUGAUGAUAAAGCAGGCCCCUCAAACAAAUAUGAUGAUGUUGAGAUAAAUCUUGCAUAUAAAGAUGAUGAUUUUGGAGGCCUUGCAGAUAUUACUCAUUUAGAAGCUGGAGACUUCUUUGAAGAUAUUGACUGA